AUGAGUCAGUAUACUCUUUCACAUAUUCACAGCGGGAAAUGCAAGAAGGAGGCCAAAUUGGACGCGCAAAUGGCCAAGGAGUUGCAAAAAGCCGCCAAAGCAAAACCGGAGGAAAUUAUGUGCAAGAUGACCGCAGAAAAGGUGUUAUUCAAGAAAAAGAAGGAGGUGAUUAUUCGUCCCAAUAUUACAAAGACAAAAAAGAAUAAGGAGAACAAGAUUAUUGUGUUGGCUGCUAAGACAGAUAAAAAGAAACUGAUACUCAUAUAUGCUCUGAAAUUCGCUGAUGAAGAUAAUUUCAAUAGAUUCUCGGAAGCGAUCAGCGCUGAACCCAAGGACACCGUUGCUGAUAAACAACUUCCACCUGCUCCGUCGGGAACGCGAACAUCGACACCAACAAAAAGACCUGCAUCAACUGCAAAUAUAAAAGAGGAACCUAAUUUCUAUGAUAACAUCAAUUCUUUGCAGAGACCAUUUAACGGAGUCUUACCUUCAGAUACUCGUGUGUCAUCUCCAGUUUCCACUGAAUCAACUAUUAAGACUAUCCAGUCAAGUCGACGUUCGCCAACGCGCACCCCAAGUCAAGUGAUAGGAAAGAAGCUAAAAUCGAGAUCAGCUUCUUCUUCUUCUUCAUCAUCUUCACCAUCGUCUACUUCAAAAUUAUUACCACCACCUACUCCACAACAGCAAAGACCAUUGUCACAAAAAAAUCCACCAGUUAGAACCGAAUCACCUUCGUCAUUGCCAAGUGUUUCAACAUACAUCACCACGGAUGUUUUAAAUUCACCAAAACACGAUGGUGGUCUACAACGAGAUUCCAUGAAGAUGCCACCUGCGAGAAAUGAAUCCAAAAAGCAUAGGUCUAGAGCAGAAGUGAACUACCUUAACUACGUGCCUGGAAAGGGAAUGGUGAAUUCUGGUGAAGAAAGUAUUUACCAUUACUCUUCUAGGAUUCGAAACGCUUCACUAUCACUUUCUUCAUCUUCCGAGUCUUCAUACAAACGAAGGAGUAGCAGUAGCAGCAGCAGCAGUUCAAGUUCUUCAACCUCCACUACUGAUCUUUACGAACGUAGCACGGUCUACCGUCUAGUACCUGUGAAUAUUACUAAAUCAAGUAGUAUAAAGAGAAGUAAUAGCAGUGGAAGGAGUGGAAUGAGACGUGUGUCUGUAACAUCUAGCAGCUCUUCAACUAUGAGGAUACAACCCAAACCUAAAAUCAACGUUUGGCAAUAUAGAGAUCUUAGUGCCGAUAGUGCCUCUUCAACCUCCACCGAUAUGCCUAGAGAUACUCUCCAAAAACCCGAAGAUAGAUCACGUAAACAGAAGCAGCAAGAUGGAGUAGACUAUCAGGAAUGUCCAAAAUGUCAUUAUAGGUCAAUAUCUCGCACUCGAGCAAAAUGA